GCCAAGAUGGCAGCCUCCAUUCGGCAUGUCAGGGAAAUCAAGAAACUUUUGAGCAAAUCUUCAUGUCUACAAAAAUCUAUAAGCAAAGAAUUCGAAAUUAUUAAUUCCUGCCAAAUUCGUUGUCACCAUUUAUUGUCAUCAAAUAGCCAUUCCAGGCUACCAGUUAUAUGGAGGGCAAAGACACCACACAUUUGUGCAGUUUUAAUACAGAGAUUUAACAGUACAGAUAAUGCAACAAAAUUUGCAGAAACAGUGGAUUAUAUACCACCGCCACCAUUACCUGCCCCUGAAUCGUUAGACAUUGCUGAUACACUUAAUGCUCUGGGUGAACCAACGUUUGCCAGUCUUGGUUUAAACAACUAUACACCAGCUGGUGUUGUACAGAUGGCAUUAGAAGCAUUGCAUGUUGACAUAGGAAUGCCAUGGUGGGGAGCUAUUGCACUUGCCACAGUGAUUGUCAGACUUAUGAUGCUCCCCAUUGCUGUCAUAUCAAGGAGACACAUUAUAAAGAUGAACAACCACAUGCCAGAGUUGGCAAGACUACAAGAAAGAAUGUCAGAGUGCAGACUCAGGGGAGAUCUAGUAGGAACUGCACGGUAUGGUUCAGAAUUAAUGGAAUACUACCAGAAACAUGACAUCAAACUAUUUAGAAAUAUGAUGAUGCCAAUGGCACAGUUGCCAGUGUUUUUGUCAUGGUUUACAGGAUUAAGAGGCAUGGCACAUCUUCCUGUGGAAAGUUUAGCAACUGGUGGCGUGUUAUGGUUUAAAGAUUUGACUGUACCAGACCCGAUAUUUUUAUUGCCAGUAUUAACAAUGGCUACCUUGUCAAUAACUGUAGAGGUUGGAGCUGAUGGAGUGGCAGCAAACCAACAAAAACAUGUGAUGAAAUGGGGAAUGAGAUUGAUGCCUGUACUCGGUUUAUUGUUUGUUUGUAAUUUUCCAACAGCCAUGUGCUGUUACUGGUUUACUUCAAAUACUUUCUCAUUGGUUCAAGUUUUGUUUUUUAAAAUACCUGCUGUGAGACAGUUCCUUAAAAUUCCUGAAAUGGUUAUUCAUCCUCAACCUAAAAAGAAGAAGCCAAGUUUUUCUCAAGGAUUUAAAGACAGUUGGGAAAGUAAUAAAAUAGUAAAACAAAUAGAAGAUAGACAAAGAGCUGAUGCGUUAAGAUUCAAGGAAGCUGGUAAAGGACCUAUACAAAAGACAUAUACUUAUGAUCCAACAAAACUACAAAAGCCAGGAGAAGAUUACACAUAUAACAAACGUGUUGGCAAAGGACAUGCAUUUAAUCAAUCUAAAAUUGAUAAUAUUGUGGAAGGUAUUAAAAUGAAGGCAAAGUCAUAGCAAGUUAUAUAACGUGUUAAACUGAGAUAUCAACAGAGAUAAGAGAUCUAACAAGUAGGGAGAAGAAUCUGAGAAAAUUCUGCUCUGGACGUCAGAAAACACUUGUUUAAAAGAAGAUGUUUGUCUCCACAUUUUAGAUUUGGAUAUUCCAAACCAAAUUAUGCUGUGAUACUUGUCACUAUUAAAUCAUAUUGAUCCAAUACUCCAAUAAUUUUAAUGGAAUGAGGCAAACAGUGAAUUUAAAUAAUGAAAAAUACGCUGCAAAUUUCUUAACCUGUGAAAAUUGGUACUGAUAAAAUAGAGAAAUACUUAAGACACUAAAGAAGUUUAUUUUUAUUUUAUAUUUUAAAUAAAUGGAAUUUAAUGUCUAUUCAUUGUAAAAAAAAUGUUUUUGGAUGAAAGAUCAAGUUAAGUUUGUAAAGAUUAUAAUAAUGUGAAAUACAAAUUGUUGUUUUAUGAAUGGUAAUUACUGAGGAUUCAUUAGGGCCCCUCCAAAUGGCAUCCGCCCUAUAGUGAUCAGUCUGUUCGUCCGUCUGCCAGUCCUUCUGUCCGUCUGUCUGUCCGUCCGUCUGUCCGUCCGUAACAAAUCGUGUCCGCUCUAUAUCUAGAGAACCGUUAUGAUUUCAAAGUUUAUACUUGACAUGUAUAUUAACCAACACCAGAGGGUGUGUCAUAAUGUAUGUUCAACUUCCUAGGUCAAAGGUCAAGGUCAAAAACUUUGGUUUUAGUUGACAACCCCAUGUCCAAUGAUAAAGAUACAAAUUUUUUACCACACAUUAUUCACAGUGGGGCCCACAGAGAUGGCUCCCAUCUCAAUGAUAUCUAGUUAUUAUUCAUGACAUACAAAUGUUUGUGGAUUUCAUGGGUUUAGGUGAACCAAAUAGUUAAGUAUAAAGAAAAAUACAAUUUUAAUAUUGGAUUUUAUGAGGAAUUUGUUAAAAUCAUGAAUUUUAGUUUCCACGAAUAUACAAUAUUUUCUAAAUCCACAAAAAUUGAUACCCAUGAAAACUGUAUUGGGGCAUUCUUUUUAAAGUCAAAAGAAUCAAUUUUAAGCAAUUCAAAUAGGAAUAGGCUUUUUUUUUACCUCUCUUUGUAGAAAAGAUUUGCCUACAGUGAAUAAAGGUGUUUAUCAUGCUUCUUAGUGGAUGGUUAGUUUAAUACAACAUUGAUAACAACUUUAAUGAUUUGAGAUGAGCUUUAUGUAUUUCAGAAAAUUGCAUCAAUGUUUAUGGGUCAUAAAAUCUCACAUAAUUGUCUCUUUGACACUGAUUUUAACUUUGUUUUAUUUUAAAUGCACAUAAUAUAAAAGUUGUUACUAUGCAGCAACCACUUAAAUCCAAUGGUAAACUCUUGGUGUAUACUUUACUUACAGUAUAUCACAUCUGAUGAAAAUCAAGUACCAUAUGUAGGACAAUUUGUCAUUUGUGUCUUUUUUUUGCUAUGUUUUGUCUUUUGUGGUAGGCAUUUUACUUCCAUCAUUGCACCAUGCACUGUGUAUAGCCAAGAAUUUGCAUAAAAUGAAUAGAGAAAAGAUUUAACUUCCCCUUCUAAAGCCCUAAUUAUGAUCAAAACCUGUUGUUAAAAACCCUGAGAUAGGUAUACUGUAUUGUCCUGUCAUAGACUUACUUUCACCGAGAAAUUGAUAUUGUUAGACUAUAUAAAAGUUCUGUGUAUUUGUUAUUGUAAAUACAAGUUAUAAUGUAUUUAUUUGUUGAUUUUGUUAAGUCAUAAAAAGUUCACUGAUUUUCUGCAAAAGACUACAAAUCUCCUUAAUUUAUAAAAGAAAUCAUGCUAUUCCAGGCUUGUUCAACAGCUUUGAAAAAUUUAAAUAAAAAAGAAUAGGGUAAUUUUUUUUUCUAAACAUAAAAUCAGUGAAUUAUUUUAUUGUCUUUGUUGCUUUAAGUUGUAAUGAUCAUGUCAAAAAUAAUAUCAGUAUAAUGAAGGUGUUGGCAAAUAAAACAGUUGACUGGUGGCUAUUUUCUCCAACAGAGUUGUACUAUAGAACUGAUAAAGAUAGUUGUGCUAAAAGAAAUGGUUGACUUGUGUAUAUGCUAUAUUUUAUUGCUGCUAUGAUACAAUUCUGUUGGAGGAAACACUAAGCAACCAUUUUCAAGAUCAGCACUUUCUACUUACUGAAUUUUUACAAUGUAUUAAUAUGAAAGAAUUUAUAUAAAAAUUUUGCGAAGUA